UGAUUCAUUAACAUUCCUGCCACAGAUUUCCACAAAGAACCGGAGUGGACGACAGAACAACAGGCACAGAAAAGAGGUAAUGAAAUAUAGUGGACUGGACUAGAACAAGUUGAUGAACAGAACAUCACCGGCUGUUACGGUGUUGCAAUAGAGAUGCACACACACUAUGAUCUAAAGGUUUAGAGUGGUGAGUCAGCCCUCAGCAGAGUGGAACCCCUCUCCUCACAUACAGAGCACAGAGCUGCCAGACAAGGUGUUCUCCAGGAGUGUUGCCCACCCCCCACACACCCCACCGCUCUAUCCAAACCCUCUAGGACAGACUGGAGGAGUGGAUCCCCACUCCUCUGGACAGGACCUCAUUUUUGUUUACUGUGAAUGAAGAGAUAAGGUGAUGAUGUCAGAGGACAGCUGUUGCCGAAUAUGCUGCAGGGGGGUGUAUAGCUGCUACUGGAGGCACCCCAGUGAGAGGGCACGAAAAUGCUCCUGCUGCAGGUUGUCAGUCCUUACCGCUGUGUCCCUCCUCACUCUGUUCUGGAUGUACGUCUGUCUGAUGGCCUUCAAUGACCGCGAGGAUGUUAACUGGAAGGCCUUUUCCAUUCUGAAACUGUGGGUGAACUGGUUCAUGGUGCUAAUCAUCAUCUCUGCUGUAUUGACCAUCUACUGCACCCUAUUACUGGUCUUUGCGCUGUUCCAACUUGCCUUGAAAGAGCCUUUGGACUUACACUGUCUGCACAAGUUGUUCCUGUUUUUAGGUGUGGUCUUCAUCACCCUGGGCAUCGCUGGAAUAAGUCUACAGUGGAAAGAAGAGUGGCACACUGUUCUUCUGUCACUGCAGGCCACGGCUCCAUUCUUACAGAUGGGAGGGGUUGGAGCCCUGACCCUGGUCAGCUGGCUGGUGUUCCAGGGCUUCCAUAGAUCCCGCAGAGUAGCCUCUAAGAUCUUCAUCAUGGUAGUGUUUGCUGGCGUGUCAGUGGCAAUAUUCCUCAGCCCACUCCUCAUCCAAUCCCCUUGUCUGGUGGACGAGAAACAGCUGCCCCCUAAACCUGCCCUCUUUGGUCAUCGCGGAGCACCAAUGCUGGCCCCAGAGAACACCAUGAUGUCGUUCAGGAGGAGUGUGGGGUGCAACGUGACCGCCUUUGAGACGGACGUGCAGCUCAGUAAGGACAGAGUUCCUUACCUGAUGCACGACAACGGCAACCAUUUCCUGAGGAGGACUACAGAUGUUCUACAGAAGUUCCCUGGGAAAGACUUGAACCACAGCACAAACCUCACCUGGGAGGAUCUACAGGAAUUAAACACUGGUGAUUGGUUCCUGAAGACAGAUCCAUUCCGUUCAGUGUCCCAGCUCUCAGAACAGGAGAAGAAGACAGCUGGGAACCAGAGUGUUCCCUCCCUUCUGCAGCUGCUUCACCUGGCCAAGACUCAUAACACCUCUGUCAUCUUUGACUUGAAGAAUGACAACAACAAUGACACUAAUGACACUGUGAAAACCAUCCUCGACUCUGGCAUCCCCCACGACAAGAUCCUCUGGCUUCCCCCCACACAUAGGGAGGAUGUGAAGAAGGUUGCACCAGGGUUCAAACAGGUUUACAACAAUGUGCUUGAUAUGAACCGUGAUGGAGCAGAUCAUCUGAAUGUCAAGUACAGUGCGUUGAGCUUCGCAGAGAUCGGGGAGCUUCGGAACAGGAACGUUUCGGUGAACCUGUGGGUGGUGAAUGAACCAUGGCUCUUCUCUUUAAUGUGGUGCUCGGGGGCCAGCUCUGUGACCACCAACGCCUGCUCUGUCCUACAGGACAAGAACCAGCCUGACUGGACAAUGGGACGUGAUACAUACAGAUGUAUAUGGAUCACAUUGGACCUGGGGUCAUUGCUCAUAAUGUUCGCACUCUUCAUCUUAAAGAGAAGAAGAGAGAUGUACACAUGUUCUGCUUUGGAAUCAAGAGAGCUAUCUUCCUUCUUACCAUCUGAAUAGUUCAGCUUGGAUCCAGAAAUCCAUCCCACCCCACCCUACUGUCUGAAUGGCUCAGUCUUGAAUAAGGAAGUAAUUAGGCUAAUUGAAAAGACAGUAUCUAUAAAAAUGUGUGGAUCACAUGCGUAAAGUAUAUUUUACAUUCAUUAUGAGAAUUUAUGAGCAAAGGUGAAAAUACCACAUGUGUUGCCACAAGGAUGGCCAUUCAAGAAGUCAUUUAAUUGUCAUUUUAUUUCAAUAUAUUUUAGAUGCUUUUUGUGACCAUUUGUAAAUAGUGUUUUCCUAUAGAAAAUGUUUGCGUGACAGUGUAUUUGUAAAAAAAAAAUAUUUAUUUGUUCACUGUAUACAUUAAGUUUACAUGAAGUCUUAUUUGGAAACUACUGGUGUUGGGUUCACUAAAUGUCAGCACUAUUUCCACUGGGGCUUACAUUCUGAAUGAGAGAUUUACAAAAUGAUCACAAAUCAUCUUAUAGCCUAUUUUUUUUAAAUAAAAUGUUAUCUGGAUUUGACACCUGUGUGUGAACGCGCCCGUGUUUACGCGCCUGUGCGUGAGUGAGUAGUUGUGUGCGUGAGAGACAGCGUGUGUUUCAGAAAAUUACCUGUCAUGAUUUAUUUGUCUGUGUGAAUAAAAAAAAUGGAAUGUGUUGGGUUCA